GGGGCGGGCAGCAUCCGGCUGAAACGUGCAGGACUGAGCGAGAGACCGCCCGGAGGAUCGGGUCUGAAAUUGCUGCCCUGGUGUCCAGACGCAGACCCAGGCGGAACAGGCAGCUGCUCUCUGACAGCUGUCGGGCAGAAGGCAGCCGCGGAGGCACCUAAGAUGAUGUGCUCUCUCGGGGCGUCCUAACCAGGCGCUCGUUAGUCGGUUGUGUCUAACAUGUAGGGGCUGUCUCGCAGUGCCACUGGUGUUUCCAAAUCCUGCUUUUAUUUAACACGGAACACGCACGAGCACCCUGUUACGGUGCUCGUAACCUUUAACCUGUGUUCCCCGUCUUCCAGUUUUGUUUCGUCCUGACCCCGCUUCGCCCCUUUCCUUCCGUUCCGUCUGCCUCGCGGGCCAGAGGUCUCACUUCUCGUCCGGACUCCCGCGGACGGCUCUCAGUUCUGGUUCUCCCUCUGGCCCCUCCUCCCCGCCCGCGGACGAGCCUCUUCCUCCUUUCUCCCCCCGCACCCCGAACCCGGGACUGCAUUUCCCGGUAGGCGCCGCGGCCCGGCAGCCAGUGAGCGGCUGAAGAUUUGGCGGCGGCGGCGGCGCCCCAAGAGUCGGGGUGGGGGGGCUUUGUGCGCGGCGUCGGUGGCGGCGGCGGGAGCGGGCGGCGCGACGGCCAGGAUCAAGGCGGAGACGCGUGCGAAGGCCGUCUCGACCCGGAGGACCUUGCCGCCCCAGUCCGACCGCCGGCCACAGGCUCCUGUCCGGUAGCAGCGGCUGCGCGGCACCCCCCUAUCCCUCCGCCUCCCCUGCCUUCCCCACCUCCUGCAGCCUUCUUCCUCUCCGCUCCGCACCCGGCCCGGCCCUACCGUGGCCCUCCUCCGUGCACGCCGCCAUGGCAGAGGCAGCCGGCGCGAGGGAAAUCUAGCCCGGGGAUUUCAUGCGGCCUAGCUUGGUUCCGUCUUCUGCCCCCGCAGCCCCGGCGGCUGCCUGCACCCCAGCCCCGCUCCGGGCCUCCGUGUCUCUCCUGUGAUCGUACUGACACGGCCGGGGGGUUAGAAUGGAACAAACUGAAGACUCUCCCUGGAAAUUCAUUUGACUGCAUGCCAGUUCCUUGGUGCUUUAAGCCUUCGUGGUUAGCCCAGGACUAAGGAGAAUCUCAGUAGUCAGGCCCGAUGAGAGAAAGGGAAAGUUAAGGAUGCUGGAGCAGAACAAUGGAUUUCUCUUUCUCUUUCAUGCAAGGGAUCAUGGGAAACACAAUUCAGCAACCACCUCAACUCAUUGACUCCGCCAACAUCCGCCAGGAGGAUGCCUUUGAUAACAACAGUGACAUUGUUGAAGAUGGUGGCCAUACACCAUAUGAAGCUACCUUGCAGCAAGGCUUUCAGUACGCACCUACAACAGAAGAUCUUCCUCCACUCACAAAUGGCUAUCCACCAUCAAUCAGCAUGUAUGAAACUCAAACCAAAUACCCGUCUUAUAAUCAGUAUCCCAAUGGAUCGGCCAAUGGUUAUGGUGCAGUUAGAAACUUUAGCCCCCCUGACUAUUACCAUUCAGAAAUUUCAAACACAAGACCACAUGAAAUUCUGGAAAAACCUUCUCCUCCACAGCUACCACCUCCUCCUUCGGUACCACAGACUGUGAUUCCAAAGAAGACUGGCUCACCUGAAAUUAAACUAAAAAUAACCAAAACUAUCCAGAAUGGCAGGGAAUUGUUUGAGUCUUCUCUUUGUGGAGACCUUUUAAAUGAAGUACAGGCAAGUGAGCACACAAAGUCAAAGCAUGAAAGCAGAAAAGAAAAGAGGAAAAAAAGCAACAAGCAUGACUCAUCUAGAUCUGAAGAGCGCAAGUCACACAAAAUCCCCAAAUUAGAACCAGAGGAACAAAGUAGACCAAAUGAGAGGGUUGACCCUGUUUCCGAAAAGCCAAGAGAAGAUCCAGUACUAAAAGAGGAAACCCUGGUUCAGCCGAUAUUACCUUCUGUUCCAACCACGGAAGUGUCUGCUGGUGUUAAGUUCCAGGUUGGCGAUCUUGUUUGGUCUAAGGUGGGAACCUAUCCUUGGUGGCCUUGUAUGGUUUCAAGUGAUCCACAGCUCGAGGUUCAUACCAAAAUUAACACAAGAGGUGCCCGGGAAUAUCACGUCCAAUUUUUUAGCAACCAACCAGAGAGGGCAUGGGUUCAUGAAAAACGGGUACGAGAGUAUAAAGGUCAUAAACAGUAUGAAGAAUUACUGGCUGAGGCAACCAAACAAGCCAGCAAUCACUCUGAGAAACAAAAGAUUCGGAAACCCCGACCACAGAGAGAACGCGCUCAGUGGGAUAUUGGCAUUGCCCAUGCAGAGAAAGCGUUGAAAAUGACCCGAGAGGAAAGAAUAGAACAGUAUACUUUUAUCUAUAUUGAUAAACAGCCUGAGGAGGCUUUGUCGCAAGCAAAAAAGAACGUUGCCUCCAAAGCUGAAGUUAAAAAAACCCGGAGACCAAGAUCAGUGCUGAAUACUCAGCCAGAACAGACCAAUGCGAGUGAGGUGGCCUCCUCACUUUCAAGUACUGAGAUUCGGAGACAGAGCCAGAGGCGGCACACGAGUGUGGAAGAGGAAGAACCACCUCCUGUUAAAAUAGCCUGGAAAACAGCAGCAGCAAGGAAGUCUUUACCAGCUUCUAUUACAAUGCACAAAGGGAGCUUGGAUUUGCAGAAGUGUAACAUGUCUCCAGUGGUGAAAAUAGAACAAGUGUUUGCUCUUCAGAAUGCUACAGGAGAUGGGAAAUUUAUCGAUCAAUUUGUUUAUUCAACGAAGGGAAUUGGUAACAAAACGGAAAUAAGUGUCAGGGGACAAGACAGACUUAUAAUUUCUACACCAAACCAGAGAAAUGAAAAGGCAACUCAGAAUGUAUCAUCUCCUGAAGCAACAUCUGGCUCUGCAGGCAAGACCCUCCACCAGCAAAAAGAUUACAACUCACUUUAUUGCGGUGCUCUGGAACUGAACCCGCAAUACCUCCAAGGUUCAGCAGAAAAGAAGCAACAGAGAAGAUCAAUUAGAACUCGUUCUGAAUCAGAGAAAUCCACUGAAGUUGUGCCAAAGAAGAAGAUCAAAAAGGAGCAGGUUGAAGCAGUUCCUCAGGCUACAGUGAAGACUGGAUUACAGAAAGGUGCCAGCGAGAUUUCAGAUUCCUGUAAACCUCUAAAGAAAAGGAGUCGCGCCUCCACGGAUGUAGAAAUGACUAGUUCAGCAUACAGAGAUACAUCCGACUCCGAUUCUAGAGGCCUGAGUGACGUGCAGGUAGGCUUUGGAAAGCAAGUAGAUAGCCCUUCAGCGGCUGCAGAUGUAGACGCUUCUGAUGUGCAGUCCAUGGACUCCAGUUUGUCGAGAAGAGGCUUUGGGACGAGUAAGAAGGACACUGUGUGUCAGAUCUGUGAAAGCUCUGGUGACUCUCUGAUUCCUUGUGAGGGAGAGUGCUACAAAUACUUCCACCUGGAGUGCCUGGGAUCGCCAUCGCUCCCUGAUGGGAAAUUCGUCUGCAUGGAAUGUAAAACCGGGCAACACCCGUGUUUCUCAUGUAAGGUGUCUGGUACAGAGGUGAAGCGUUGCUCUGUUGGUGCUUGUGGGAAAUUUUAUCAUGAGGCCUGUGUCCGCAAAUUCCCCACUGCCAUCUUUGAGCCAAAAGGAUUCCGCUGUCCCCAGCACUGCUGCUCUGCCUGCUCAAUGGAGAAAGACAUCCACAAAGCAAGUAAAGGUCGCAUGAUGCGAUGUUUGAGAUGUCCAGUAGCCUAUCACUCGGGAGAUGCUUGCAUUGCUGCCGGAAGCAUAUUUGUGUCCUCCUACAUUCUCAUCUGUAGUAAUCAUUCCAAACGCAGCAGUAAUUCAUCCUCUGCUGUAAAUGUAGGCUUUUGUUUCGUUUGUGCAAGAGGGCUGAUAGUUCAGGACCAUUCAGACCCCAUGUUCAGUUCCUAUGCCUAUAAGUCCCACUACCUACUGAAUGAAUCAAAUCGUGCAGAGUUGAUGAAAUUACCUAUGAUUCCUUCUUCGUCAGCUUCCAAAAAGAAAUGUGAGAAAGGUGGAAGAUUGCUCUGCUGUGAAUCGUGCCCAGCUUCCUUCCACCCGGAAUGCCUGAGCAUAGACAUGCCAGAAGGCUGCUGGAAUUGUAAUGACUGUAAAGCUGGCAAGAAACUACAUUACAAGCAGAUUGUUUGGGUCAAAUUGGGAAAUUACAGGUGGUGGCCAGCAGAGAUCUGCAACCCCAGGUCUGUGCCCCUGAACAUCCAGGGCCUGAAGCAUGACUUGGGGGACUUCCCUGUGUUCUUCUUUGGUUCUCACGACUACUACUGGGUGCACCAGGGCAGAGUGUUCCCUUACGUCGAAGGAGACAGAAGCUUUGCCGACGGGCAGACUAGCAUCAACAAGACCUUCAAAAAAGCUCUGGAAGAAGCUGCAAAGCGUUUCCAGGAAUUGAAAGCACAAAGAGAAAGUAAAGAAGCAAUAGAGGUUGAAAAAAACUCAAGAAAACCUCCUCCUUACAAACACAUCAAAGCCAACAAAGUGAUCGGGAAGGUGCAGAUCCAGGUCGCAGACCUGUCGGAGAUCCCCCGCUGCAACUGCAAGCCAGCUGACGAGAACCCCUGCGGCUUGGACUCCGAGUGCCUGAACCGCAUGUUGCAGUACGAGUGUCACCCGCAGGUGUGCCCGGCCGGGGACCGCUGCCAGAACCAGUGCUUUACAAAGAGGCUCUACCCUGAUGCGGAAAUCAUCAAAACAGAGCGGAGAGGCUGGGGCCUCAGGACCAAACGGAGCAUUAAGAAGGGUGAAUUUGUAAAUGAAUAUGUUGGCGAAUUAAUUGAUGAAGAAGAAUGCAGAUUGCGAAUCAAGCGAGCCCAUGAGAAUAGUGUGACUAACUUUUAUAUGUUAACUGUUACCAAGGACCGUAUAAUUGACGCUGGCCCAAAAGGAAAUUACUCUCGCUUUAUGAAUCACAGUUGCAACCCAAACUGUGAAACACAGAAAUGGACAGUAAAUGGAGAUGUUCGAGUUGGACUGUUUGCUCUGUGUGAUAUUCCUGCAGGGAUGGAGUUAACUUUUAAUUACAACCUGGAUUGUCUGGGCAAUGGCAGAACGGAGUGCCACUGUGGCGCAGAGAACUGCAGCGGUUUUCUUGGAGUGCGGCCAAAGUCGGCGUGUGUGUCAACACCCGAAGAAAGGGCAAAAAAUGCUAAGCUGAAGCAGAAGAGACGGAAAAUCAAAACAGAACCAAAGCAGAUGCAUGAAGAUUACUGUUUUCAGUGUGGAGAUGGUGGAGAGCUGGUCAUGUGUGACAAAAAGGACUGUCCCAAAGCAUACCACCUCCUAUGCCUUAACCUGACUCAGCCACCAUAUGGAAAGUGGGAAUGCCCAUGGCAUCAGUGCAAUGAGUGCAGCAGCGCAGCGGUUUUCUUCUGCGAGUUCUGUCCACAUUCCUUCUGUAAAGAUCACGGAAAGGGAGCUCUGGUUCCCUCCGCACUGGAAGGCCUUCUCUGCUGCUCUGAACAUGACCCCGAGUCUCCUGUGUCACCAGAAUACUGGAGCAAGAUCAAAUGUAAAUUGGAAUCACAAGAUCAUGGAGAAGAAGUAAAGGAAUAAAUGGGUGGUGAUUUCCUUUUUUUUCUUUUCAUUUAAAUGGGGGGAAAAAAGCAAAAAAUAAGUGGACGAUGCGUUCGCAAGAGGAGAGACCACGGCAGUGCACGCAGCCUUCGCCAUCAGUACUGCCUUACUCGGUGAGAAUGGAGCCUGCGCCGCAGAGGGGGCAGUUGGGGUGUCUGGUUUUCCUGUUUGUUCCGUUGGUGUGAGGAUUCUGUUGUGGGGCGGGGUUGAUUCCCUUCGUCCUUUCCUGCCUUUUGUUGUGCUUCAAUGUCUUGCAGCCAGAAAAGGAAAUGUCUUUGCUUUUAAAAUAAGAGCGAGGAGAAAAGAAAGUUUGUUAAUGAGAUAAAUAUAGUCUAUGAUGUGUUCCUUGGGUGUUAAAAGCAAAAGUCACCAUCAUUCCUUUAUUUAUUUUCAUUUAAAAAAUUUUGAGAAGUGUCGUUCAGAUAGUCUGGUGUGUGUGUGUGUGUGUGUGUGUGUGUAGUAGGAAUUGGAGAAAGCCCUCUAGCAAAGGAUAUGAUGAUCGUUAUAUACCUCUGUACUGACUAGUGGGUAGGCUGACUUCUCUUUCCCUUCCAAAUGUGUCUCGUAGUCUUAGAGAAGCGUUCCAUGGAAGUAUCGAAUCUGGCCUCUUGCAAACACAAUGCCUCAGUGGAUCUUACCUCUGUGGUCUUUAAAUCAGGUGGGCUUUGUGAUAUGAUAAGUUUACAUAGAAAGGUAUAUAAUGUGGUUUUUGGUUUUGUUUUGGAGGAAAAAAGAGAAGUGGAGGUACUUACUGAGUUUGGAAUGCUUUCCAUUAACAGUGGGUAUUUUUGAUGAAGUGUGUUUAUGUGGACAGGAAUGCAUAGUGUUAGAAUGGUCAUUCCUGUUUCUUGACACAUUGAUAAUGGCAGCUAAAGGAAGAGGAAUGGCACAGACCAAAAAAGUUGGAUCAUAUAAGCACCAUUUUCUGUCACACCCUGGUCUGACUUGGAAAGAAUUGAGGACAUUUUACUUUCUGUCCCUUCCUUCUCCUAAUCAAACAUUCCCUUUGUCAGUUGACCCCUCAGUCUUGUUUCCUGGUGAAACUCACAAAUGAAUUUGAAUUGUAUUUGACUAACUCUUUUUGGUUUAGUUCCUAAUGGGGGCGGGGGCGGAGCAUCUCAAAGUUGUAUGUCAACAAUUUCUGUUUAGUGCUAUCCAGUACGUGAAAUUGCCCCCGUCGAAGGAGGGAGGGGAAGCACUUCUUGUACAGGGUAUGUAAGAGCCACACAAACACACUCCAUCUUUGGAGGCACUUAGGGAAAGCUCCCAAGAAAGCAGUGUUAGCGAAGACGGUUGGCUGUGUUGCUUGGAUCUCGUAAUGCGAGUCUACCGAGAUGUCUGCCCACAAAACUCACUUGCGUUUAAUGCUUAGGAAUAUGUGUGUUCCAGUGUUCCUUGAAUGAACUAAUUAGUAAUGUCAGACAUUGUUGUAACACUGUACUAAGUAGAAGUCUAGAAUUAGCUUGAAUGAACGUUAACUUGCUCUGUGAAUUUUGAUGGCCUGCAGUCGCUGGUAGCAUUUCUUUUCCCUCAAGAAGUACCUAGUGACCUAGGAGGUGCGGAGGGUGGGUGCUCUGCCGCAUCCUUCGGUCGCGCUCCGUGUGUUCCCUUCUCCUGUCAAUCUAGAGCUCUUCUCUGGUAAACAAGAAGAAAAGCUGUUUUGUGCCUCUCUUUUUUUUGUAUGUAAAUGUGCAAUUGUACUGGAUUUUGUCUUGUAAAAAAAACGAAACAAAACAAAAAACACUACAUUUCCUUUACUUAAGCUCCUAAACUGCCAUUUGCCUGAUUCUGGCAAUUAAUUCUGAGGUAACUUGUUGGGCCUCCAAUAAUUCUAUUGAUUAGAUAUGGUCCCAAAAGAAAGAGCAAAAUGGAAAAUGCUAUGCAUGUUACCAACUAUAAUUGCUACAGGUAACAUGAAUUAUAUCUCACCAAAACACUAAACUUUGCUCUUGAACAAUUAUAUAGUUUGAUGUCCUUUUAAAAAAUAAUUUAAGAAAAUCUAGGUUUUAUCAUACUAAAACUUUAUUUUAUAUAUGUAUAUGAUAAAUGUUUGCUUUUUAAAACUUACUAACAUGAAGGAUUUCCUUUAAUAUUCGAAAUGCAACUCUUGUUGAAACAGUAUCCAACAUGAAAUCUUAUCUCCUUAGUGCUGUUUAAUAUCUGAGACUUUUAUAUGGUAAGCCAGGGUAUAUCCUAUAUACUACAAAUACCUUAGGUUUAAGUAUUUUUAUGCAGUUUCUUCAUUGUGUCACAUUUUGUUUGUAUAUCUGUAAAAGAGCUCUGCUGAGACUUCUUAAUCUUGGGGGGCAGGAGGGUGUGAUGACUCACAGGACUGUUCUGCCAUUUCAGCAACCAGGGUAGAGAAUGAAAUAGCUACCCCCAGCUCUGGCGUCUUUGCCCACGAGUGUCCUUUAGCCGUCCGCACAGCAGUGUCAGCCGUGCCAGUGCCAAGGGGCUCUUCUCACACCUCCACUGGGUCACUGUCGGCCUAUUUAUUAUAUUGUAAAGUUGCAGGUCCUAGAAGCAAAAAAAGCAAGUUGUGCUUUUAAGUGUGCAUAGUAUCCACGCACUGUGCUCGCCCGUGCUUCACCAAUGAAAUAUUCCAAAAGACAUAUUGCACACUCAGUCAGAGGUUGGUGUUUGCUGACUUUUAACGAACUGUAGAAAUGAUCCCUGAAAGUAUAGUCUUGUUACCUUUUAAAUCUGUAUGUGGUCAGAGCAUAAAUUGUUGGUUUUUAUUCUUGUCCAAAAAUGAAAUGACUUUAAAACAGCAUGAGAUAAUGGUGGUAUUUUUUUUUUUUGCCUCAUAUUAAUUGUCUAGAGGAAGAAGUGAAUAUAAGAUUUUAGAUAACCAGCAAAAGUGUCAAAAAUUGGAUCGGCAACAACUGAGGGUAGAAUCCAGGGAAAGAAUCCGGCCUCGGAGUGCAGGGAGGGGCUGGGCCCGGCCUCGGGGGGGGGGGCGCAGCCCUUGUUCCUGGAAGGCUGAAGCAGCCGGGGGACGCGAUUCACUUUUCAAAUAUUUAAUCAGGGCUAGAAUUAGGAGUGAGGUGGGAUUUGUUUUCAUUUUUGUUUUAACAAGUUCCCACACUGUCUUAAUUCUCAAAAAUACUCUGGCCUAAGUUAUGGAAUAGGCUGAUUUUUAGAACCAUUGAAAUUUGGAUAUUUCUGGGUGUUCAUGUCAGGAACAUAUCUCAACUAAAUGAUAGGAAUGGUAAUAGUAAUAGGGGCAAGUAAGGCUGCUCCCAGUUCCCUUCUGUCAUUUCCAAGCAUUUGGAAACAUGCCUGUAAAUAAUGUCGUGAAAUUCUGAGAUAAUCAUGUAAAGGACCCCUAGGCAGGGCAGGCUCUUGGACAACUUUCUCUCCUGAUUCAUGAAGUGGAGUUUCCUUUUCGAGUAGCUUGUUGCAUGGUGUAUGCUCCAGUCAGGGUCAAACCCAGAUCUGCAGUUGGGAAACAGGCAGCUAGGCCAGUUACACAGAAUGUAAUCUCUGGACUACCCAGCAUUUGUUGCUUGUCUUUCAUUUCAUUUUAAAAUAAAAGCUCUUCCUCUAGCUUUCACCUUCAAGUCAAGGUGCUGCUACUUGCCACGUCCCAACAGGAUAAGAAAACAAGGUACCUUGGAGUCCUUGCAGCUUGGGAAGCUUACGUGUGAUGUACAUGAGGUACGCCGACACUGGGAAGUUGCUUAAUGGGCAGAGCAAAUUAGUUUUUGCGUUGAUUCUUACAAGGCUGAUGCGUCUAGCCAUCCCAAGUUGUCCAAGUUGCAGCAGGCAUGAAGUGAUCAUCUGGAAUAAUUUCCUUCCACCUAAGGCCACGUAGAAUUGGUCUCUGGUUAUGUGUAAACAAAGAGGAGAACUUGCUUCCAUUUUCAGAUAAGCUAGGGAGAAAAUAUAAUUAGACAGCUUUGUCAUGUAUUAACAAAUAUUGAAAAGUUGGAAAUUUGUAUAUACUGAAAUCGACCAACUUUUUUCUGGGGUGGGGCACAGGGGGAAAGAGGGUUAUAUUAGGGUGAGGGCGGGGAAUGAUAAUGUUUACCACAGGUACGAAGUAGUCACUUUAACAUUGAGACCUCUGCCUCAUUGAAUUCAGGUUUUUUAAGUACUUGAAAUUCUUCAGAUUCUCCUUAUUUUAACAGUUAUUUUAAAAUUUAUGAAGUAGAAGCAUUGUUUUGUAUACUGUUUUGAAAAUAAAUAGCCUAGUCUCUUAUCCUCUUUCACUUGGGUUAAAGGUAAAGUUCUGCAAAUGGGAGAGCAUGUUCACAGUAGAAUCUCAGAUUUAAUGUACACAUUUGAGGGAGAGACUCCUGCAUGGGAUACCAGCAGCAUUUUUAUGAAUAUUUUCUAUAUAUGUUCUUCAUUUUGUCAUUUUGUCAUUUUGUCAACCCAAGCACCUCUUCUUUCCUUUUAAUAUAUGCCUGUGUAGGGAAAACACAGAAGUUUGCACUUAUGUUACACUCCUAAAAUGCUGGGUGUAACCUGUGUGUUUCAAAAACCAUUUCCAUUCUUCUUUCAUCGGUCCAUUGCUUAGGUGGCAAGUUCAGGUGCUUGUGGCACAUACGUGUGAAAGGGAAGGAGAAGAGAAUUACCUGUCCUUUGGUAGCCUCUGAGAGUCGUUAAUGUGCAAAUAAAAGGGAAAAGGUGAAUUGUUGCCAAAGUCAUUUACUGGGUCCUUGUUUCCUUAUGUGACAUUACUGUGUCUGCAUAUUGACAAGAAAGCAGCCUCAGGUUCCAGUACUCCCCUUUCUGCCGGCCACAGACUUCUGAUAGGUAUGAAUGGCUCUCAUUAUCCCUCACAUUACCUAGAUUAGGUAUUUAUUAGGUGUUCUUGUCCAUUUGGAAGUAGACUGGGUAAAAUUUACUUUUACUUGGUUGUCAUUUAUAUCGCUCCUUAUUCCAUUUGUGCUGUCACAUACCCUAUGUUAAAAAAGAAAAUCGUUAUUGCCACCAACAACCAAGAUGUUAAAUGAUGAUUACACCUGGCUAAUAAUAAGAUUCUUUUUAUAUACAAGGGUGUGUGCAUAAUUGGUAUUGAUAUGAGAAAUUCAUUUGUACCCACUUGUGAUAAUUGCACAACAAACACAGAUACCUACAGAUUCUGUUUUCAUUUCCUUGUGAUCUUUAUCUAUGAUAACAACCUUUGUAGAUUGGUUAUUUCUGUACUUUGUUUAUCUAUAAUAAACUUUGUAGAUCCUGUGAAAUGUUAUUUUGCCUAAAUCACUUGAGACUUGAGUCUUUAAUAACAAAGCAUCGAUAUUCACUAAAGUCAAUCUCUUUUUGAGUUUCUGUGACUUGGCUAGAAGCUUGACACUAAGGGAUUAGUGUUAAUUUUCCCUGGGGGUGUUCCACUAGGGCAUUACUGUAUAUUGACUUGAUGUUGCCACACAGACUUCAAGAUAUAUGAUAUUUUGGGGAUUUUGUUGAUUGACCUAUGUUUUAUUGCAUAGUGUGAAAUGUGCAAAGCUUGGUUAACCUGUAUAUAGAUAGCUUAUUGUUGACUAGUUAUUGUGUAUUUAGGAUUGCCUGUACUAUUUAAGCUGCUUACUGCUGUGUGUGCUGGUAGGAACAUAUAAUUUUCGUAUAUUAUAUUUACUGAGAUGUUGCCUUUUUUAUUUUACAAAUACUUUGGAAUUGAAAUGUUUUGGGGGGUUUUUGUUUUUUGUUUUAUUGUUUUUUUGCUUCUGUGAGGAUUAAUUUGGAAAGGUUCUUAAUGACAUUCCACUGAUUUCAGAUUUUGCUUGAGAUUGACUUCAAUAAAUUGUCCUGUAU